GCGGCUCAUAUCUGAAAGUGGCUUAGAAACCCCAAAAAGCCGAAAAUGAUCUACUCGGACAAUUGCUGUUGCUGCGUGGAGCUGAAGUGCGGAUGCAUUCUGAUAGCCAUCGUUGAGGUGCUGAUCCGUGGACUGGAUCGCUUCUUUGUUGAUCGUGACAACCUGCUGGGACUUCUUUCCCUCGUGGUGAGCGGUAUCUACGUCAUCUGCUGCAUCUUCCUACUGCUCGGAGCAGUUCUGGGCCUGAGAUAUUUUCUGUUGCCCUACCUCUCAGUUUCCUGCCUCCGAUUCCUAAUUUUAGUUGCCGAGGGCGUGUUUGUGGCCACAGAAGGCAUCAUGAAUGAAUAUCUAGUCUUCGAUAUUCUCCAAUCCCUUCUAGGCUUGUACUUUUGGUUGGUGGUCUACUCCUAUUACGAUCGGUUAAAGGACGCAUGAGCUUGUAUAUUUUAGACUAUUUUGUUAAAUAAAAUACUCCUUGUCUAUAUUAA